GAGUCGCCUUAUUAAACAAUUCCCCAAAGUCGCCCAAACGCAACCACCAUUCUCUCCAUCAUCCCCCUUCUUCUUCUUCUUCUUCUUCUUCUUCUUCUUCUUCUUCUCCCCAAAAUCCCCCCAAAAUUCGCCAUCGCCAUGGCGUGCGCUCUCCCCAAUCCCUUCUCCACCGCCACCGCCGCGGCGGCAGCGGGGUGGAACGGGGAGAAGAAGCUGCACCACCAGCAGCGGCAGGUCUUCCUCUUCGGCUCCGGUAGAUCUCGCAAAGCCUCGCACAUGGCGGCGGCGGUGGUGGCCGCGGCGGCGCCGGGGAUCAAUGGGUCGGCGGCGGCGCCGGGGAUCAACGGGUCGGCGGCGGCGUCAGCGCCGGGGAUCGACGGGUGGGCGGCGGAGGCGGCGCAGAUGGAGCGGCUGCGCGUGGCGUUCCAGGGGGCGCGGGGCGCGUACAGCGAGUUCGCGGCGAAGACGGCGUUCCCGGAGUGCGAGACGGUGCCGUGCCGGGCGUUCGCGGACGCGAUCGCGGCGGUGGAGCGGGGGGCGGCGGACCGGGCGAUCGUGCCGGUGGAAAGCACGAUGGAGGGGACGGCGCUGCGGAACUACGACCUGCUGCUCCGGCACGACCUGCGGAUCGUGCGGGAGAUCAGCCUGUUCGUGCAUUACUGCCUGCUGGCCAUGCCCGGGGUGCGCCCCGCCGAGCUCCGGCGCGUGAUCAGCCACCCGAUGGCCCUCGCCCACUGCGGCCGCGCCCUCUCCCUCCUCGGCCUCCGCCGCGAGCCCGUCGAGGACACCGCCGGCGCCGUCGAGAUGCUCCGCUCCCGCCGCCUCCUCGACACCGCCGCCAUCGCCAGCCCCCGCGCCGCCCUCCUCUACGGCCUCGACGUCCUCGCCCACGGCCUCCAGGACGAGUCCUGGAACGUCACCCGCUUCCUCAUGCUCUCCAAAGACGACCACCACCAUGAUCAUGAUCACCACCGCUGCGACGGGAGCAACAACAACAACAACAACAACAACAACAAGAGCAGCAAGAAGAAGAAGACGAGCAUGGUGAUCGCCCACCGCGGGGGGUCGAUGGUGGUGCUGCUGAGGGUGCUGUCCGCCUUCUCCAGGCGCAACAUCAACCUGACCAAGCUGGAGGUGAUCAACUCGCCCGCCGAGGGCGCCGCCCCCGUCAUGAUCCUCGACGUGCGCGGCCGCGGCUCCCUCCGCGCCUUCCCCCACGUCCUCUACGUCGACUGCGAGGGCUCCGCCCACGACCCCAACGUCCGCGACGCCAUCGACGACAUCUCCCGCUUCUCCGUCUUCGUCCGCAUCCUCGGUUCCUACGCCGCCGACCCCAACAUCUACGACCUCCAUUGAUCCACAACACCACAACACAAUUACUCCCUCCUCCUCCUCCUCCUCCUCCUCCUCCUCCUGCCUCCCCUGUUUUAAUUUGUACAGAAAUAAUAAUCAUCACUUGCUCUGCUCCUCCUCCUCCUCCUCCUCCUCCUCUGUACGUACGUACGUAAGAAAGACCCUCCCUCUCUGUAAUGCGGGGUAUCAGCAGCAUCGGUCCUAAGCUCGCUCGCUCGCUCGCUCGCUCGUUCAAAUGUUCAGACUGUUUCCAAGCUGAGCUGUUUUCUCGUACAAAUAUCAUUUGUGCUCUGUAAUCCCAGGUUUGUAUUGCUCUUUUCCUAUUUUUAUCUACAAAGUGCGAUUGCCUACAAGAGCUCGGUACUCUAGUUUCUCUUGAUUGUUUUCGAAUGUUAGUGUUUCCUACUUAUGGCAAUUGAUGUUUAUCCGAGAGGACGCGCGCAUUAUAUAUUAUUAUACUUAUGAUUUGAACUUUUCUAUACUGGAAAAAAAAAAAGAGAAGAAAAUAAAUGUUUUGGAAAAGAAAUGUUUUGGCGA